CUCGAGGAAGAUGAGAGAAUGGAGCUGCGACGAAUCGCGACCGUCAUGUCGCAACGACGACGUGCUUCGCAAGCCAUUGAUCCGUCCGACAGCACAAUCGGCCUGGUUGACUUGGCACUCGAUCCGGAGAGCAAGUCUUUCGAUCUCGCAAAAUGGCUCCAAAACACCAUGAACAACCUCCAAGAGGAAGGCAUCAGCGUCAAACGAGCUGGUGUCGCGUACCAAAAGCUCACCGUCUCGGGCACUGGCGCGCCGCUUCAACUUCAGCAGACCGUCGGGUCGAUGCUUCAAGCUCCGCUUCGACUGGGCGAGCACUUCAGCUUCGGCAAGAAGGAGCCCAAGACGAUUCUUCACAAGUCAGAUGGCAUCUUGAGGAGCGGCGAGCUUUUGAUCGUCCUGGGCCGUCCGGGUUCGGGUUGCAGCACGCUGCUGAAGACCAUGACGGGCCAACUCGAGAGUCUGGGCAUCUCGGAUGAGUCCAUCAUCCAUUACAACGGCAUCCCGCAAAAGGAAAUGAUCAAGGAGUUCAAAGGCGAGACUACAUAUAAUCAAGAGGUCGACAAGCAUUUCCCCCAACUGACCGUCGGGCAAACGCUCGAGUUUGCCGCCGCGGCGCGAACACCGUCGAAUCGCAUGUACAACAUAUCUCGAGAGGAAUUUCGAACGCAGGCGGCAAAAAUCGUCAUGGCCGUUUGCGGGCUCACUCACACGUACAACACAAAAGUCGGCAAUGACUUCAUCCGCGGUGUUUCUGGCGGAGAACGAAAGCGCGUCAGCAUUGCUGAGAUGAUGCUCGCUGGAUCUCCGCUGGCUGCGUGGGACAACAGCACGCGAGGCCUUGAUUCCGCCACGGCCUUCAAGUUUGUCCAGUCGCUGCGACUGGCCGCCGACCUGGGAGGCAGCACGCAUGCGGUUGCCAUCUACCAGGCCAGCCAGGCCAUCUACGACCUGUUCGACAAGACCGUAGUGCUCUACGAAGGCCGCCAGAUCUUCUUCGGACCCGCCCAAGCCGCACGCCCGUACUUUGAGAAGAUGGGCUGGCAUUGUCCCCAGCGCCAGACAACUGGCGAUUUCCUCACCUCCGUGACCAACCCGCUGGAGCGUACCGCCAGUCCGGGCAUGGAGAACAAGGUCCCCCGAACGCCCGAGGACUUUGAGAAAUACUGGCUCCAGUCUCCCGAGCACGCAGCGCUCCAGCGAGAAGUCGAGCAGUACGAGGAAGAGUUUCCCGUUGACGCGAACGGCCACCACAUCGCCGUGAUGCGAGAAGGGAAAAACACCCGCCAGGCGAAGCAUGUCCGUCCCAAGUCCCCUUAUAUGAUCAGUCUUCCGAUGCAGGUUGGCUUGACCACCAAGCGGGCUUAUCAACGCAUCUGGAACGAUCUAUCCGCUACGGCUACGUCCGCCUUCAUUUCAUCUGUCUUGGCUCUCAUCAUCGGCUCGGUCUUCUACGGCACCCCGAAUACCACAGCCGGCUUCUACUCCAAAGGAUCGGUACUCUUUCAAGCCGUCUUGCUCAAUGCCCUGACUGCUAUUUCCGAGAUCAACAGCCUCUACUCCCAGCGUCCGAUUGUGGAAAAGCAUGCCUCGUACGCAUUCUAUCACCCCGCUGCAGAGGCAAUUGCCGGCAUUGUUGCGGACAUUCCUAUCAAAUUUGUGACAGCAACCGUCUUUAAUAUUGUGAUUUACUUCUUGGCUGGCCUUCGACGAGAAGCGGGGGCCUUUUUCCUCUACUUUCUGGUCUCCUACAUCGCAACCUUUGUCAUGAGUGCAAUCUUCAGAACGCUCGCGGCAGUUACGUCAACAGUCUCCAAGGCCAUGUCGCUUGCUGGAGUCAUGGUUCUCGCCUUGGUCAUGUACACUGGUUUCGUCAUCACCGUGCCGCAGAUGCACGACUGGUUUAGCUGGAUCCGAUGGAUCAACCCCAUCUACUACGCGUUUGAGAUGUUGAUCGCAAAUGAGUUUCACGGGCAGGAAUACGAUUGCGGUACAUUUGUCCCUCCGUAUUCACCGCAAGUGGGAGACUCGUGGAUCUGUUCCACGGUUGGUUCCGUUGCCGGGCAGCGAUUUGUUUCCGGCGACACCUUCAUCGAGACCAACUACGGGUAUUACCACUCUCACAUGUGGAGGAACUUUGGAAUUCUCCUCGGGUUCCUGUUCUUCUUCAUGAUUGUCUACUUCGUCGCCACUGAGCUCAAUUCGACCACCAGCAGUGCUGCAGAGGUCCUGAUCUUCAAGCGCGGCUCUGCCCCAGCAAGUCUCAAGAACGGAACCAACGUUGAUGCUGUGCUUGAUACUCCUGGCGGAAACACCGGAAGUCCCGCAGGUGCCCUGGAGUCAACUCAGACCGACAUUUUCACCUGGAGAGAUGUCAAAUACGAUGUCAACAUCAAGGGAACUCAACGGACGCUGCUGAAUAAUGUUUCUGGAUGGGUUAAGCCUGGAACCCUUACUGCUCUUAUGGGUGUCAGUGGAGCUGGCAAGACUACGCUUCUUGAUGUGUUGGCUCAGCGGACUACGAUGGGUGUCAUCACCGGUGACAUGUUUGUCAACGGCAAGCCGCUAAACGCCAGCUUCCAGCGCAAGACCGGCUACGUCCAGCAACAAGAUCUCCAUCUCGAAACAGCCACUGUCCGCGAGAGCCUCCGGUUCAGCGCCAUGCUCCGUCAACCAGCAACAGUAAGCAAAGAGGAAAAGUACAGCUAUGUGGAGGACGUCAUCGACAUGCUUAACAUGAGAGACUUUGCCGAUGCUGUUGUUGGUGUCCCCGGCGAAGGUCUCAAUAUCGAGCAGCGGAAACUACUUACCAUUGGUGUUGAGCUCGCGGCCAGGCCUAAGCUCCUCAUCUUCCUCGAUGAACCUACCAGCGGCCUCGACUCUCAGAGUUCUUGGGCUAUCUGUGCUUUCCUUCGCAAGCUCGCCGACGCAGGCCAGGCUGUUCUCUGUACUGUUCACCAACCUAGCGCCAUUCUGUUCCAGCAAUUCGACCGCCUGCUUUUCCUCGCCGCCGGCGGAAAGACAGUCUACUUUGGAGACAUUGGGUCGAACUCCAGAACCCUCCUCGACUACUUUGAGAGCAACGGAGCCCGCCAGUGUGACGACGAGGAGAACCCCGCCGAAUACAUGCUCGAGGUCGUCAAUCAAGGGACAAGCUCAAACGGCCAAGAUUGGCAUAGCAUCUGGCUGGGCAGUCAGGAGCGAGAAGCAGUCAUGCAGCACAUUGAGCAGAUUCAUGCCGACAAAGCCCACUCUGGCGUGGAUCAGGAAGAAGCCGGUGCCGACUCGGAGUUCGCAAUGCCUUUUGGUGUACAGGUUGCAGCGGUGACGACACGAGCCUUGCAACAAUACUGGCGAACGCCCAGUUAUGUGUUUGCUAAAUUUCUGCUUGGCCUUGCCGCCGGACUCUUCAUCGGAUUUUCAUUCUACGACACAAAGGGCACGCUGGCCGGCAUGCAGAAUGUCAUCUUCGCCAUAUUCAUGGUCAUCACCAUCUUCUCGACCAUCGUGCAACAGAUUCAACCCUACUUUUUGACACAGCGCGCCCUCUACGAAGUCCGUGAGCGGCCGAGCAAAGCGUAUUCGUGGAAAGCAUUCAUGAUUGCCAACGUUUGCGUUGAGAUCCCUUACCAGAUCGUCACUGCCAUCAUCAUUUACGCCUGUCUCGUCUACCCCGUCGUUGGAGUACAGAGCUCUGCACGACAAGGGCUUGUCUUGCUCUUCAUGAUUCAGCUGUUGCUCUACGCAUCCUCUUUUGCGCAAAUGACCGUGGCCGCCCUCCCUGACGCGCAGACAGCCUCCGGCAUUGUUACUCUUCUGGUGCUUAUGAGCCUGACGUUCUGCGGUGUCUUGCAGACGCCCGAUGCUUUCCCAGGCUUUUGGAUCUUCAUGUAUCGCGUCUCGCCCUUUACGUAUUGGGUCAGCGGCAUUGUCUCGACGCUGUUGCACGACCGGCCCGUUGAGUGCUCUGUCGACGAAACCUCCGUUUUCAACCCGCCGCAAGGUCAAACCUGUGGCGAAUAUCUCUCUGCCUUUUUGAGCGAGGCUGCCGGUUCACUACAAAACCCGGAAGAUACCGAACAGUGCCGCUACUGCUCAUUAACCGUCGCAGAUCAGUAUCUUGCGGGGAACAAGAUUGUUUACACCGAACGAUGGAGGAAUUUCGGAAUCAUGUGGGCCUUCAUUUUGUUCAACGUUUUCAUUGCUGUGGUGACUUACUACGCGUUCCGAGUCAAGACAUGGAACUUCAAGUUUGGAAAGAAGAAGACGGCCUGAGACAAAGAGUGUCGCGGGCAGCACUCAUUAAUUCAAUAAUAAUUAGAUCCUGGAGCAAAUAGAACUGGAAUUUGGUUUCUUCUG